AAACGAUGGAUCCGCUGAAAUCUGACUCGUCGAAAAUUCACUGACAUUAAAAAUUUAUAUUAAUCUGCCACUCGUGUUUACUAAUCGACCAGCAUGCUGUACGUUCAACUAAAGUAAUCACGUUUGGAAAAUUAAUCAUCUGGUCUUUCUAGACGAGUGCCUGUGCUGUCUUGGUGUACACAUAACACAUGUUAUGGGCUCGUCUGUUUAGUAUCAACAACAGCCAGAAGGUUGCCUGCAGCACAAGCAUUCCAAACAGCUGAUCGAGCUUUUAUAUGUUUUUGCAUGUGCUGCAUUUUCUAUGCUUUUACGGUGCCCGUGCUGUUUUGCUAAAACAGCUAGUUCUACGUCGCCCGGGCGUCAAGUUCGGCUUAGCGGUGUUACUGCGAAGUUGUUGAGCUUCGACAGCAAUCAGUACAAUUAACUAUUUCUUGCAAGUUAAAAUUAAUUGCUGGACGCGUGAAAAGACUUAUAGCCAGUAUGGAACAAAACAAAUUAGAUAAAUUAGACCUGGCAAAUGAUAUCCACACACAAAAUUUUGAUGUCAUUCGCCUAGCCUCUUAUCGGACAGCUGUCAAAUUUAGGUUCAUUCAGCGUAGAACUCACCUUCACUUAAUUGAUGUUUGGAAUUUAAUCGAGGCCUUCAGAGAAAAUGGAUUGAAUUCGGUGGAACCCUAUACCCCAAUGACCCUUAGCAGACUUGAAACAUUGGUCAAUACUUUGUAUGUGCAUCUAAACAAACGAGUCCCAAUAGGACAACAGCUUCAUGUUGAUCCUGCUUCCAUGUACCUUAUUAAGUGGAUCAUGUCUGUUUACAGCUUAAAUGAAGACACUGAUAGAAUUCCUGUCUUUACAAUUAAAAUGGUUUUAGCCGUGCUUUGUGGUGGAAAAUUGGCAGAUAAGCUUCGUUAUGCAUUUUCUCAGAUGUCAGACUCAAAUGGACAGCUUGUUGUUGCUAAGUUUGAAGAUUUUAUGCGUCAGUGUUUUGUUCUUACAGCUGCAGUUGGAGAAGAUCCCUCAUUUCAUUACAGACCUGCAAUGGCACAGGAAAUCUUUCCAAAUGGUUCCAAAGUGAGUGUAAAUGAAUUCCUUGAUGUACUUUUGGGUGACCCUGCAGCCGCUCCAUCGUUAGUGUGGCUCCCACUUAUCCAUCGCAUAGCCGCUGCUGAAAAUGUUGUUCAUCCCGUGGAAUGCGUCUCCUGUGGACGCACCCGCUUCAGUGGUUUACGAUACAAGUGCACCAAAUGUCCUUCGGCCUGGAGUCAUCAGUGUCAAGAAUGUUUCUGGCGUGGACUUUCAUUUUCCGAAUCUCAUAAUGCUGACCAUGAGAUCCGCGAGCAUCAUACGCCAGCAGCAGAAGAGAAAACGCCAAAGGAAUCGAUCUUUUCGGCAUCACUGAGGCGUUCUCUUCAAUGCGUUAGAAGUCCGACAUCCGACAGCCACGACCAAAAUCGCUCCAGAGUUUGGCGAACGCUCGAGGGGCCUGAGAGACCCGUAACAGUCACUUACAUUUCAACGCCCUCAGCUACGUUGGAGCGUAACGCUUCUCUGUUGGGCGGCAACGAUACCUGGAAGACUAGCCAAAUGCCAAACAACACCGAAAGCUUAGGUCGUUCAUGGCAACGGGGAGACGACGAACAUGGUUUGAUUGCUCGCUAUGCGGCUAAAUUGGCCGAAGGGCAGAAGGAUCCUCGUCCUGAGCAAGAAGGUAGCACCAGCGCACAUCAACUUUUGGCACAGCUUGAGAAUAAAAAUCAGGAAAUCCUCAGAGAAAUUGCUCGUAUUCGCCGCGAACAAGAAAUGGAUGAAGGGGCCAUAACCGGACCUUAUCCUCUAAUGGAAGAAUUGAGCGUAUUGCGACAGAGGAAGUCUGAACUCGAGCAACAGUUGAAUGGAUUGCAGGAAUCUCGCAAGCAGCUUAUGGUGCAGCUAGAAUCGCUAAUGAAAAUGAUUAAAAAUCAGCAGUUAUCGCCACGCUCCACGCCAUCCACUUCGUCGACCCCGAGCCGAGGGAAAAGCCCGUCAGUCGAGCAUGAAUCUCACCAACCCAUCGUCGUUUCUUCUAUGGAAAAUCCUAAUCGCAAUUUUAACACUGGUAGUUUCGAUUGGCGUCAAGAUUUAAUGAGUGCUGCCGACUCCGUGACGGAUGCUAUGAGCAGUCUUGUUCUGGAAUACAAUGGAGAUACCGACGAAGACGAAACCGGACAGAUUUAUAACGGGUUGACAAAUGAUUCGAAUACUUGCGUUUGAACAUCCAGUGUCACUCAGUUUUAUCUUGUUUGUCAUCAUUCCUCACCAUCUCAUUCAGUUUCUCUGGAUUAAUACUUCAAGUUUCUCUUGAUAAGUACCACUAGUUUGUUGGUUCUUUUGAUCUGCCCAUCAAUCUUAUCUCCAGUUUAUUUGGUAGCCUUUAAGAAAGAUAAUGCAUAAUCCUCAAGAUGCAUUUCUGCCUCCUUCAGUGUUUAAAUAGUGUGUUUAUAUAUGACUUAGGUCUAGCCUGUGUAACUGUUUUGGUUGUCUUACAGAUCCUGCUAAAUGAU